AUGGCAGAUACCUUCUUAGAAGCUAAGAAGAAGGCUCCCGCAAAGAAGGGUGGUGAGAAGAAGGACCAUUCUGCCAUAAACGAGGUGGUGACCCGAGAAUACACCAUCAACAUUCACAAGCGCAUCCAUGGAGUGGGCUUCAAGAAGCGUGCUCCUCGGGCGCUCAAAGAAAUUUGGAAAUUUGCCAUAAAGGAGAUGGGGACUCCAGAUGUGCGCAUAGACACCAGGCCCAAUAAAGCCGUCUGGGCCACGGGAGUAAGGAAUGUUCCGUACCGCAUCCAAGUGCGAUUGUCCAGAAAGCGUAAUGAGGAUGAGGAUUCACCAAACAAGCUCUACACACUGGUAACUUACGUGCCUUUCUUGGAUGAACCCCGGAGUGAUCUGGUGUUCUGA